AUGUCACAAUCAUCAAACAAGCGAGUUGAAUCAGAUGCUUUCGGGCAGAUUGAAGUACCUUCAAAUAAAUAUUGGGGAGCUCAAACUCAAAGAUCAUUAACAAAUUUUAAAAUUGGGAAUGUAACAAUGCCAUUAUCAAUAAUUAAAGCAUUUGGAAUAUUAAAAAAAUCUGCUGCAAUUGUUAAUGAAGAAUUAGGUAAAUUAAGUCCUGAAAAAUCAAAAGCAAUUCAAGAAGCUGCAAACGAAGUUAUAGAUGGUAAAUUCAAUGAUAAUUUUCCUUUAGUCAUAUAUCAGACUGGAUCAGGAACUCAAUCUAAUAUGAAUGCUAAUGAAGUUAUAUCAAAUAGAGCAAUUGAAAUUUUAGGUGGUGAAAAAGGAAGUAAAAAACCUGUACAUCCUAAUGAUGAUGUUAAUAUGUCACAAUCUUCAAAUGAUACGUUCCCUACUGUUAUGCAUGUUGCAGCAGUGAUGGAAAUUGAGCAUCAUUUAUUACCCAAUUUAAAGAAUUUGAAACAAGCUUUUGAGCUAAAAAGUAAAGAGUUUGAACCAAUUCUAAAAAUUGGUAGGACUCAUUUACAAGAUGCAACCCCUUUAACAUUAGGUCAAGAAUUUUCUGGUUAUGUUCAACAAUUGACGUUUGGAAUUGAACGAAUUGAAUCAAGUAUCAAAAGACUAUCUUAUUUAGCUCAAGGUGGUACAGCUGUUGGAACAGGUUUAAAUUCUCCAAAAGGUUUUGAUGUAAAAAUAGCACAAGAAAUUUCAAAAUUAACUGGUAUAAAUUUUGAAACUGCUCCCAAUAAAUUUGAAGCAUUAGCUGCUCAUGAUGCUUUUGUUGAAUGUUCAGGACAGCUAAAUACAUUAGCUACAUCACUUUUCAAAAUAGCUAAUGAUAUAAGAUAUUUGGGCUCAGGACCAAGAUGCGGAUAUGGUGAAUUAAGUUUACCUGAAAAUGAACCAGGGUCAUCCAUAAUGCCUGGAAAAGUUAAUCCAACACAAUGUGAAGCAUUAACUAUGGUUUGUGUUCAAGUAAUGGGGAAUAAUUCGACGAUAACUUUUGCUAAUGCUUCAGGACAAUUUGAGUUAAAUGUUUUCAAACCAGUUAUUGCAUAUAAUUUAUUAAAUUCAAUUCAAUUAUUAAGUGAUGCUUCAAAAUCAUUUCAAAUUCAUUGUGUAGAUGGUAUAAAGGCAAACAAAGGUAAAAUUAAUAAGUUAUUAAAUGAAUCAUUGAUGUUAGUGACAGCUUUAAACCCAUAUAUUGGAUAUGAUAAUGCUUCAAAGAUUGCGAAAAAUGCUCAUCAAAAAGGAAUAACGUUAAAACAAUCAGCUUUGGAGUUGGGAUUGUUAAAUUCGGAGGAGUUUGACAAAUAUGUACGCCCAGAGAAAAUGCUUGGGCCAAGUUAG